AUGCCCGGGAAAUUCCUCAACUGCGAGUAUGUCGAGAUAUAUCAUGAUCUCACUUCCGAAGAUGACCAGUCGGACUCUCCAUGCCUGUGGUGCUGGGAGGAACUACCCACAGCAUCUAUCGACGACCCUAUGCCAACCUUUGGAUGCAGCGAUUAUUCUAUUGAAGGUUUAAAUUCGGAUAUUUCACCCUUUGAAUUGGCAGCGCAAUUCAACCCUGAAACGGAGAGAGAAGAUUCUAGUGAUCUUGCUUUUAUUCAAGUUUCCUUGGAGCAUUACAUGAGUGAUGUUUACUCGGUGAUCUCAAGUGGCAAUCCCGAAGAUGACUCCUGUGGACAAGAGACCCCGGAGACAGAUAUCCUUGAACAAUUAGCUGAUAUGCUUAUACAGAUUGAGGAGGAAGAGCCUUUGCUCGUGCACACCGGUUUAUAUGAGUCAUCCUCGCCAUCGCCUGAGGAGGCAGGAUCAUCUGAUUCUGAGCUGGAGGAAUUUGGAUUCUUCUUAACACCCCACGAAAUCCUGUGA